GCGAGCGUCAGCUGUACUUACUCUCUGGUCAACAGACAAACAUGGAGCGGAGCAGCAGCAUCAGGAGAAAAGCCAUGGAUAGACAACACAAAGCUGAAGUUAUGAUUGCUGGAGAACAGCUCAGGUUGAGGCUCCAUGAUGGAAAACUGAUCAAGGACAGACGGUACCAUCUCAGAACGUAUCCAAAUUGCUUUGUAGCGCAGGAGCUCAUAGCUUGGCUCGUGAGCCACAAGGAGGCCCCGGACCGGGCCACAGCCAUUUGUCUGAUGCAGCACCUCAUGGAUCAGGACAUUGUUCACCACGUUUGUGAUAAGAGGUCAGAGUUCAAGGAUGCCAAACUGCUGUAUCGUUUCCGAAAAGAUGACGGCACAUUCCCCUUCAACACAGAAGUGAAAAUCUUUAUGAGAGGACAACGACUGCAUGAACAUCUCAUAGGGGACAAGCAGUCAAUUUUGCAGGCGAGAGAGGAGCUUGGUGUUGCCUAUCAGCGCUCUUUUCCUGGCUGCCAGCUAAUUGAUUGGUUACUACAAAAUGGAGAGGCAGAGAGCCGGCGCCGGGGCCUCGAGCUGUGCCGUGCUUUACAAGAGCAUGGCAUCAUUCAGCACGUGGCCAAAAAACAUGAUUUCUUUGACAGUGGACUGCUCUAUCAGUUCUGCAUCAAUUUCCGCCGCAGACGACGCCUGUCUGAGCUGCUGAAUGAGAGUGAGCAAGACAAUGAUGAAGGCACGGUGGUGUCGACGCAUGAAGACAGCCACCCUGACAGCCCAUUUGUUCUGCGCAAAAAACAACCCCAGGAGGCAGACAGCGCUUUCCAGUUAGUGGGAGCCGGUAAAGACUUGAAAGAGGCGACUAGUGGUUGUCGAAGCAGCUUGAUUUCCCUUCAGCUUCACUCUGCUGGACUUCCUCCUUUUGUCCCGCUACCAUCAACCCCAGUCAUAAGAUGCAACCCUAAAUCGGUUCUUAAAAGACAUUUUACAUGUGAAGAGUUACUGGCACCAGGAGCGCCCUUCACCAAGAGAGUGUUGACGGUGACGGGCGAUGCGCUGGGUUGGGGCUUUGUCGUUCGGGGAGUGGCUCCUUGUUAUGUACAAGCUGUUGACCCUGGAAGCCCUGCAGCAGCUGCCGGAGUAAAGGUGCAGCAAUUUGUCUGUCAGUUGAAUGGACAGUGUGUACUCUAUCUGGACUACAGGACAUUGACCACAUUGGUGAUGACAGGACCUCGCAUUGUUGUCCUCGAAGUGAUGGAGCCAUUGGAAUAAUUUUUAUUUUUUUGCUCUUGAGUAUUACAGUUAUUUACGAACAGGUCUUGUCCUGUGAGCAUAUUAGAUAUAGAAUAGAAAUAAAUACAAAGAGCAGAAUAAAAAAUAACCAAUGUAUUCCACCCAGCAGAGAGUAUUUUGUAUUGGAAUUUUUGAGUUCCGUAUGUUCCGAGAACGCACAUUACUUUGGAAUAUUUGAGUUAGAACACGUAAGAAGUUGCAAAUGCUUCCCAGCGACUACGCUUACUUUAUGCCACAGUUUGGCUUUUAUUGCACAGGUCC